ACCGAUGGAAGAAGCGGCGGAGGAGCAAGCGGCCGCACCGGCCGCCGCGGAGUUCGGGGACGCAGCGGAGAACGGGAUGGAGGAGGAGGGAUAUGCCGGCGUCGAGGAAGAGGGGUGAGGGCGGAGGCGGCCUACUUCUAGGACGCAUCGGUGCCGGUGGAGAUGGGCGAGAUACACAGCAUGGAGGCCCUCGACGCCGCGCUCGCCUCCUCCGUCGACCACAACCAGCCCAUCAUCAUCGACUGGAUGGCCAGCUGGUGCCGGAAAUGCAUCUACCUCAAACCCAAGUUGGAGAAGAUAGCAAGAGAAUUCCCAGGAGUCGGGUUUUACUUUGUGGAUGUCAAUAAAGUUCCACAGGCCGUGGUGAAAAGAGGCAACAUAAGUAAAAUGCCUACUAUUCAGGUAACGUCGUAUUUAUUUUUCGAAUUUCUGUGUUUGGCACUUUAUGGCUGAAAUUC